AAUUCCAGGUGGUGUUCCGGUCGGGGAAAACACAGCCGGUCGGGAGAGUAAACAAAAGUUACGUUUGGGUCGUCACGUAACCUUUCUUUUAACACCUGCUGCUUGUAGUGUGACGUGUUCCAGGUGUGCGUGUGUCUUAGUCGUUUUGUUAAUGCAGUCUGAGUAAGAAUUUACGUAGGUGAGAGUACCCAUACAAAACCAUGGCAAGUCAUAUGGCAAGAGGCAUAUCCCGGACCCUUGUCACAGUUGCCGCUGUCAAGGCUCGGAGAGGAACUAGGUUUGCAGGAUAUCUUGGAGCGACCCUUUGCGCAUCGGGUGGAGUCUUGCUCUAUGCUGCCUGCUCGCAAAAUGUCUCUGCCGCCCAGAAAGUCUCGACCAUCGACACUUCGCAGUUCAUGGCCGCCCCAGUAACGGAUCUGAGCGACCUCGAGAAGAAUAAGGAAGACAUGAAAGCCAAAAUGGAAUUGCUGAUUAUGAGGAUUCAGUCCGAGUUUUGUAAAGCACUUGAGGGAGAGGAGAGCAGUGGAACCAAGUUCACGGUUGAUCGCUGGCGCCGCCACAACCCGAGUGAAGGAGGUGGAAUAACGUGUGUCAUGCAGGAUGGCGAGACCUUUGAGAAAGCAGGCGUCAACAUCACGGUGAUGUCAGCUCCUCUCUCCAAGCAACUGCAGGCAAGCAUGAGAGCGAGAGGGAAAGAGUUACCGGACGACAAGCAGUUCACCUUCUUCGCCGCGGGGAUCAGCUCGGUCAUCCACCCUCGCAACCCCCACGUUCCGACCAUCCACUUCAACUACCGGUACUUUGAGAUGCAAGAUGAAGACGGCAACAACAAGCAUUGGUGGUUUGGCGGUGGCACGGACCUCACCCCAUACUUCCUGGAGGAGGACGAUGUGCGACACUUCCACUCUGUCCUGAAGUCCUCGUGUGACCGACACAACCCUCAGUAUUAUCCCAAGUACAAGAAAUGGUGCGAUGAUUAUUUCUUCAUCAAAUUCCGGGGUGAGCGGAGGGGUGUUGGAGGUAUCUUCUUUGAUGACUUGGAAGCAGAGAAACCAGAGGACAUCUUCGGCUUUGUCCAAGACUGUGCCGAAUCGGUGGUUCCGUCCUAUCUCCCACUCGUGAAGAAGCACAGACAAGACCCAGUGUCGGAGGCUGAGAGACGCUGGCAGCUGCUCCGUAGAGGCAGAUAUGUGGAAUUCAAUCUCGUGUACGACCGUGGUACCAAAUUUGGAUUUGCAACGCCCAAUGCCCGGAUUGAGAGUAUUCUCAUGUCUCUUCCCUUACAUGCUAGAUGGGAAUACAUGCACAUACCAGAACCCGAUUCCAGAGAAGCAAAACUCACGGAGGUCUUGAAGAAUCCUAAGGACUGGGUUUAGGAUAUUAGCCUUUGUAGAAACACUGUGUGAACAAAGUAGGGUAUCAAUAGAGCUAUAACUAAAUGGGUUUUGGAAAGAUGAUUAAAUGUGUUAUAUGUUCCGGUGAAAAUUUGAAGAAUGAGUGUACUAGUGUAAUAUAAUUAUUUUAGUGGUGUCUGUCUCUUUGUGUUGAGAAAUUAGGAGUGUCGGUAAUUUUCUUUGGAAAGUGUUUGUAGAGAAAAUGCUCAUACAGUAGCGACUCCAGAUAUUGAUGUUAGGGUUUUUUUUGUUCGUAAAUGAAAUGUGUAAAGUUAUGUAUCAUGAAACUUGAUCUCUGUAGAAGUAUUGUUGUAUUAAAUUGUUGAUAUUUAUUUGGUAUAUUUGAUAGAACUAAGGUAUAUUACCCACACCAGCUGCAAAAGUGUUCAUAUGCCUAGAUUGCUGCAUAAGAGAAGCAGACUUAUUUAUUUUAUUUUCUUUACAUAUAGCAAACUAUCUAGAUUAUAAAAAGGUGCAAAGAUUUUCACAGAAUGAUUGCAGAUACUGCAUUGUGAGGUCACCUUAUACUUUUAUAUGUCUAAAGAAAGUAUAAUUUAUAAUUGUAAGGCAAGGAACAAGGCAUAUUCAGUGCUUUGUAUUGCAAGGCAGAGGAUUGAAAAUAAUGUAAUUUAAGUACUUAAAACUUUACAGCAUACUACUUAACUUUUUUAUUCAAUUUUUCUCAGUAUUAUAAGCACAACUAACAAUGCAUUAUGAAGUCCUCCAUCUUUGUUUGUGUGAAAUAUCAUAAGCUGGAGGUGUAUGUUUUUGCACAAAGUGACAUUUUAGUGGUAAAAUAAAAUAUGGUUGUGUGGAGUAUUAUUACAGUCUUUAUAUAUUUUGCGAAUAAUGUUUAUUUCAAACAAAAAAUACCAAAUAAUGUGUGUCCAUACAAAUUGAUGAAAUAUAGCUACAAUGAUUAUCGAGUAAUAGUGUUGUUUCAGAUCGAUUUAGAUUUUUCUGUGUAAUAUAAAAAGUUAUUUAUGUAUUAUCAGAAGACGAAUCUAGGUAGAUGCAAUGAAGUGUAAACUCUUAUUAUCAUUCUCUCUGCUCCUAUAUUUCAGUUUCCUCGGUUAAUCACGAAAUACGGGAAAUCCUCUGUUUAGUCUGUUGCCUUUUUCUAGAGUAUAAGGUAUGGUGCAAUGCUGGAACACUGUUAGUUAAUCCGGAUGGCAGAUUUUAUGAAUGAGUUGGAUUUCUAUCAAAACAAUGAAUGUGAGCAAAGAAAACUGCUGAAACUGGUAGUCUAUAAUACCCCAGAAUUGCCUUAAACUAAAAAAAAAUAAAGAAAAUAAACUAAUCCAAUGGUGCUCUCAUAUGUUAAAUGAUUAAAUGUGUGAUUUUGAACAUUAACCAUGACAGGGAACAGUCUAUGUGAAUACUGUAACAUAUUAGGUGUCAUUAUGUUCAUUCCAUAUAUAAAGUGAGUAAGGGAAAUAUUUGGAACAAAUUCUCUCUAUGUAUGGCUUUCAGGCUGAAGUAAAGAUUAUUAUUGUUGUUAUUAUUAUUAUUAUUAUUAUUUUAUAGUGAAUUGUAUUGUUAAAGUAUAACUAACAACUGGUUUGUACAUGUGAAUUUACUGUUUUUCACCUUCUAUUCAUUAAUGAUCACUUGAAUAUGGAUAAGAUUAUUUAGGAGUAUAACUUAACUAUGAAAUGUUCCAAGUUGGUGUAUCUCUUUUAGCAGGUGGUUUGAAGAUCACAAAGAAUAUUAUAAACUUGAAUCUACUUAUCCCAAGGUUUGAUUUAAGUCGAGUGAAAUUGCUGGUAGCCUUUGAGAAAAUAAAAGAUUCAAAACCUAAUUUGGAAUAUGUAAAUUGUAGAAUAUGGACCUUGUACAGAGAGCAGAGUUACUGGCCAUUAUACAACAAUUUUAAAGAAUUAAGGAAACAGAUCCCGGUGAUAUAGAUAAUCAAAGUCUAAAACCUAUUAAAAGAUGAUGGUAACUAUUAUGUAUCUCUUUCUCCAGAUGCACAAAGUACUUUAAAUGUAAUUUUGAGUCAUAUUCCAGAUUCUCAAUCAAUUGAUAAUUAUUUUAUGGUGUUUAAGGUAGUGUUUUAGAAAAUGAAAUAUACCAUCAGUUUGCAGUGCUUUACGAUGUUUCACUGAGUAAUUCCUAAGUAAAUGUUAUCUACUUUUAUAUACAAAAGGACAAUACUAAAAAUUUCCAUUCCUCGCUCUUCCUCUCCUUGAAAUGGUAAAAGCAAUAAGGAAUUCCAGAUGUUUGAAGAAGUUAAUGAAUGGGUUGUCUUGAGUAAUUUUUUUCACCCCUUUACCAGUAUAAUUUGUCGGGGAUUUUUUAAAAUGAUUUGAGAAAUGCAUUUUAUGAAUAUUAUCAGAAUUUAUUUGAAAAUCUGUAACCAGAAUUUGUUUAUUGAUCUAGUUAUUGCUAGGUGUUGUUACAAAGUAUAAGAUUUUUGUAUACAGUAUAGUAAAAGCUGGCAAAUGUUUGUGUACUUAUAUACGGAGUUAUAACAGUUGUGAUAAGAUAACCUGAUGAUAAAAGGAUUAACUAUGGUGUAUGUUAUACAUGUUGCAAAGUGAGAUUUAAUAAAAAGCACAGAUUCUGGAGAUAAUGCCAUGGGAUUCUCAGACGUCUCACUUAGCUGCAAGCUUCCUUUUUCGUAAAUAACUGUGAAAGAGUAUAUUACAUUGAUUUCUUAUUGUAUACUUUACUAGGUGUGUGCAGUUCUAUAAUGAUUUGGUUAACUGAUAGGACAUUCCUGUUAAUGUUCAUUCUUAAUUUUAUUCCUUUUAGAUUUUUUUUUUUUUUUUUUCUAUCAUAAUCAUCAUCUUGAUAUACGGACUGACAUCAUGUAUGAUAUAUGCCGUGCUUCUGUCAGUAGUUGUAAUAAAAUCAUUUAUUUCUCGGACAGAAAUGGUGAACUGGUGUUAUUUCAUCAUUAAGACGAAGGUUUAAAGCAAGGUAGGGUUUGGCUUGUGAAAGGUAUAUACGUUUUUUAUGUGUUUCUUAGUAUUCUUUUAGAAUUUUUGCUUAAUGUGAUUCAUGACUUUAUUAUUAGUACUGUUUGAUGAUAAUGUAAUUAUUGUUAAGUUUGUAAGAUGAGUAAAAUACAUGAAUUUUAAUGUGAAGUUGUGGUUAUAGGUUUUAUAUAAAGAGCACAAAGUUUGUAAUAUUUUGAAUUUCACAGCUUUAUAUUCUUGUAAUAAAAUAUGAUAUGAAAAA